AGCAUUGCUGUGGUAUGAGUCACUUCCACACCCUUUUUUGACAAAGAGGGAGGGGCUGAUUCUCAGACCGGACAGUGAAAUGGUGGCUGCUUGUACAAAAACAGCAGCAGCACCAUUAGGAACUGAACAGCUGCAGACGCAUUUAAAGAAUCAGACAAGACUGAAAGACUUGAAGAGCCAAAGUCCAAGAUUCAGACCCAUCAAUGGCAGAAAAACAGCAGAUCAAAGCGACUGCGGUCAAAGUGCUGUGCUAUGUGGAGAAAGUGUCCUCCUUCGCCUCCUCCAUAGAUCCUCUCUUCGGGAUUGUGACUUCGGUGAUCGGGGUCGUCAAGAAAGGCCUCGUAGAUGAAGAGGACCAUGAGAUGCACAAAGACUUCAAGGAGAUCCACGAGAAGCUGGAAACCAUCUCAGAGAAGAACAAGAAGGUGCUCCAACAGAUCCGCAUGCACGAGAUCAACCAGAAUUAUAGCAAACACAAGGAGGCCAUCAAGCAUCAGUACAAAGCUUUCAACACCAUGGUGGAAAGAGUAAAACUGGACCCUGAGAACUCAGAUCAUCACAUGCAGGAGUUUGUGAAGAUCUACAUAGAAGACCAGAGAGACAAGAGCUUAGAUGUGUUUUAUCGUGGUGUGAUGGGCACCCCUACUGCUUUCAGUUCAAUGUCCAUCCUACAAGUGUACCUGGAUAAAUGUGAUAGGAACAAAAAGGUGAUGGAGGCCUGCUGCUCUCACUUGGCCCACCUGUUUUCCAUCGGUCUUAUGACGCUGAUGGCCUACGUCGCCGUCACUGAAGGUGACGAGGAUAAAGUGAGAGUCAAAUGGGGCCAGAGGGUCAUUGAGAUUCAAACCAAGAUGCAAGAAGCUCUGGACCAAUGCACUGAGGAAAACUGAAGAUGCACUGAACAAUUGCUGAGACAAAUCCAUUUCAUAUGCUGAAAGUUUUAAUGUCAUAAGCAAUCUUGAAUCAGGAAGUUUCAAUAAAUCUUGUGGGGUGAAAAAUGGGACAUUCUUUCUCUGCUUACCAAUAGACUUUUCAAUGCAGUACUAAAGUAGUGCAAUGCAUUUAUAUCACAGCUAAAAAUGUUUUUUAAAGAAUAUUAUGCAUGUUUUGGUCAUUAUUGUGACUGAGUUUAUUGUAAAAAAAAAUAAAAAAUAAUUCCAAUGAUGUGAAUCUUUGAGUUGCACAUUAUUAUGAACCAUUAUAUAAUUAUUUGCUUAUGUUGUAUGAUUCUUUGCACAAUAAAGGUAUUUUUUCCACUCA